AUGAUUUUUAGGCCAUUACUCAUAGAAACUUGUUAAUAUAAAUACUAAUAAGGGAGUGAAGAGAAAUCAUUCUCAAUAAAAAAAAAAGUUGAUUACUAUCCUUACUUUAGAUAAAAGGUGGCCAGUCAGUCAUUUCAUAUAGACACUCACACUACCAAUAAAAAGAAGUCAAAUAGAUAAAUGACAUUGAAUCAAAAAUUAGGAAAUUCAGAUAUUAAUAUACAAUAAUAUAUUGAGUUUAAUGUAUAAAUUUGAAGAAAUUAGAUUAAAGAAAAGCCUUUGAAUAGCCAUAUUAAUUAAAGAGUCAGAUAACUUAUUAUAUAGGAUAACAAACUAAUGAGAAAACAAAAUAAAAUUAAGACUUUUGCUGAAAUUCUCACUUAAUAGCAUAAAUCAUUUCAUUAGAAAUAGAUGAAGAAGCAGGCUUUAUCCAUGUUAGACUAAGGAGCGCUUUUUAGAAAAGUUGAGAGUCCUUAACUGAGUCCAAAAGCUCAAUAAUUAUAAUAACAAUUAGAAUUUUAAUCAAAAACAUAAUAAAAUAAUGCAGAAUAACAAAUAUAAGAUAAAGUUCAAAAUUAUUUAUCCAGAAAAAGUGUACAUCUCUAACGACUUUCUUAAAGAAUGGAUGAUAUUAAUGUAUCAAAAAGAUCCAUUUUAUACACUAGUUCAGCUGAGAGAGACUUAAAGAUUUCCUCUAGAUUUUUCAAGGACUUUAUUGGUGUAUCCUAAUAAUUAAAGAAUAAAGAGAAACAAGAUCCAGAAUUACUAAAGGAAUCCUAUAAAUAUUGGGCAAAAGCCAUAAAAACUAAAAAGGACCCAUAAAAGAAAAGGAAGGUAGGAGCUGUAUUCAGCACAUCAGUAAGGAUGAAAUUAGAAAAAAUGAGAGCCUUAAUAUUAGAUUGUGUUAAAAAAUUAAGAUUUAUGAAACUAGAUCCUGAAUAGUUAAUGUAAAAUAGGACGAUAUUAAAAAAUCCAUAUUAAAGAGAGGGUUCUUAUGUAUUUUUUAAAGGAGUGACCAAAAAUGACUAAGAUUUAGUAAAAUUGAUGCUUGAUAAGUGUAGAUUUUAUGCUUUUGAUGUAAAUGAAAAUUUCUAGACUGCUUUACAUAUAUGUUCUAGAAAAGGACAUUUAUAAAUUGCAAAAAUGCUAUUUCAACAUGGAACCUACCCUGAUGUUCGAGAUGUCAGUAACAGAACUCCACUGUAUUAUGCGCUUAUGAAUAAUCAAAAAGAAUUAGUCUAACUAUUGUUGUCACACAAAUGUAAUCCUUGGUCAUUUCCUGGUUGUACCUAUGAAACAGAUGAUCCAAUAUUAACAAAGAUGCUCAAAAUAGCUAGAAGAGUAAAUAUACAAUUAUAAUAGAGCAGCUUGAUAUGUUGUUGAUGAUGACACCCUAUAAUACUAGAUAGUAAACUUGGAUUAAUUAUUGUAGAGUGUUUUAUGAGUUUUGA